AUGGCCUUGAACCCCGAGGACCCCAGCAGUGGGUUCCUGCAUGGCACAGUGAUGGCCUUCAUCAACGAGAAGGUGGCCAGUCACGCGAAAGGCCCUGAGUUCUACCUCGAGAAUCUAUCCUUGUCCUGGGAAGAGGUGGAGGACAAGCUCAGGGCCAUGCUGGAGGACCGUCAGGUGCCCAACGAGGCCAAAGAGGCCUGUGCCUGGGGCAGCCUGGCCCUGGGCUUGCGCUUCGCCAACAGGCAGAGCCAGUUAUUCGCGAACAGGGUUCAGUGGCUGCGUAACUUCGCCGGGCUGCACAGGUCGGCCGCGCAGGCCUUGGCCUCAGACCUGCAGUUGCUCACGGUACAGCAGGCGAUGGAGCGCAAGGAGGCGGCCUUCCAUCUGCGGCUGCUCCAGGCCGAGCUAGCGGCGGUGCAGAAAGAGCGGGACCUCCUGAGGCGCAAGCUCCUCCACGCUCAGCCCGUCGCAGAGGGGCCAAGCCUGGCCACUGCCAGUGGGGCUGGGACAGAAGGAACAGGUGAGGAGGAAGAGGAGGCAGGGGCCGCUGCUGCUACUGCUGCCGCUUCUGGCGCCACAGGAGAAGGAGAAACACAGGAGGAGGAUGCCGAGGGCGCGGAAGCUGCUGAAGUAGCACAGGAGCUGGGUGGAGGCUUUAUGAAGCUUCCCACAAAUGUGGACCAGGAAGAUUACACCUCUGGCGGGCAGAGGGAGGGAGAUCUCAGUUCAGGGGAAAUAGCCAGGCUUUAUUUCCCUGGGACCCCCAAGCCCGAGCCCACAGUCUCACCAGAACCUCUUAUUGUCCAGCUCCCUGCCUCAUUCACAUACUCAUACUCAAGCCCCUUAUUCCCCUUCCCAGGUGCGCCCACACCAUCCCCAGACACAUCCCCACCAGCAGCAACAUUCACAGCAGGAGCUCCAUUUCAGACGUCUCGCCAGUGGGGGCCCUCUGAUUUUAGCUUGAGGUCUGAUGUGGGGGCCCAGGGAAUAGACCCUCAAGACCCACAAAGAGAUAGGAGAGACUCUUAUCCCCAUCAGCAGAGAAAACCAGUAUUCCGCAGACUCGGGGAUUGGGACUGCCCUUGGUGUAAAGCUGUGAAUUUUUCACGGAGGGAAACUUGCUUCCGCUGUGGAAGGCGUAUCUCGCUGCAGAGCCCUCAGUGA